AUGCUCGCUCACCUAAGCUCCCUCCUCUUGUUCUGCGUGGUGGCCGUCUCGGCGAGCCCCAUCGCCAACCGGGACACCCUCACGUGUGGCAUGUCCUUCACUAGACGCUUCAAGUACAAUGGCACGACUACUCUGAGGGACAUUGAUCGCGCCAGAGCUAGCCAGUUGCUCGCCAAUGCGAAGAACAACAACGUCAAGACCGCUGCGGCCUCAGUCUUCGACGUUUCGGCCACUAAUGGUGCGGUUGAAUACACCGUCAGUACUGGAAUUGGUAGCCCGGCGACAUAUUACACGCUGAUCGUGGACACUGGUAGCUCCAAUACGUGGGUCGGCGCAGACCAGGCCUACGUUGAGACUAGUACGUCUACCGCGACCGGACAGACUGUCUCCGUCACAUAUGGUUCUGGGUCUUUCUCCGGUAACGAGUACACGGAUGAUGUCACCCUCUCCUCUGGGUUCACCAUCACGGCCCAGUCUAUAGGCGUUGCAACCGAGUCAUCUGGCUUCUCCGGCGUUGAUGGUAUCUUGGGUAUUGGACCCCAGGACCUCACCUGCGGAACCCUAUCGUCUGAUACGUCUGCUUGCAUUCCGACUGUGACCGACAAUGCAUACUCGCAAGGUCUCAUCACCGCGGACGAGGUCGGCAUUUCUUUCGAGCCCACGACCUCGGUGUCAGACACCAACGGCGAGAUUACCUUCGGCGGUGUCGAUUCGAGCAAAUACACUGGAACUCUCACCUACACCGCAAUCACAACCACAGAGCCCGCGAGUGAAUACGUCGGCAUUGACCAGACGGUCACGUACGGCACGAGUGACACGGAGAUUCUGACGAGCUCCGCUGGUAUCGCUGAUACCGGUACUACUCUGAUCCUGCUUUCCCCCAGUGCCUAUGACCGGUAUGAGUCGGCGACUGGUUCCACUUACGAUGACAAUACUGGCCUUCUUCGUCUCACCACGGCUGAGUACGACAACCUCGAAUCUCUCAACUUCAACAUCGGCGGCACCACCUACGAGUUCACUGCCAACGCCCAGAUCUGGCCACGUUCUCUGAACGAGGACAUCGGAGGCACCUCCGAGUACGUGUACCUCAUUGUCAACGACCUCGGCGAUACCGCGGAGACUGGCUUCGAAUUUAUCAACGGCAUGACCUUCCUCGAGCGCUUCUACUUCGUGUACAACUCCGGCUCCAGCGAGGUCGGCUUCGCCACAACCUCUUACACGACCGCGACCACCAACUAG